UGGCACUCUGCCCAGGGGGCGGGGCCUUACUAAGUUUCAUUUUCCUCUUCUCCGAGUGCCUGAACCUCGGAGGCUGCUGAAGAAUGUUCUGUGUGGAUUUCUGAGUCUGCUUAGCCGUCCAAACAGAGCAGCCACACUCAGCCUCAGUCCUUGUAGAGGGUCUACAAACAGAUUGAGAAGCAUGGCAAUGGCGACUCGUUUGACGGCGAUGCAAGAAAAGAAGCUGCAGAAUUAUUUUGGAGGAAAACGGUUUACCCUUCUCUAUAAAGCUAGUGUCCAUGAAUUCUCUGGAUAUAAUUUUCUUAAGAGAUGCUGUGGCCAAGGGCCUACUUUGAUGGUGAUUUAUGGUGGAUGUUUUGUUUGGGGGGCCUAUAUAAGAGAGAAUUAUAAGAGAGAUGACACAGUUCCCGUUGUCCUUUUUGCCUUUCAAGAGAAUGAAAUUUCAGAAUGUGAUGUAGGUGCGUGCUCACCACCUACAUUUCUUAAUGAAUAUAGUGUAAGAUGGAAUAGUAGUUCAGGGUUCCUCCUAGAUCUGAGGGAAAAAAAAGUGACUGUGAACUUAGAUGCAGCUAAAAAACUUGGACUGCCUCAAAAUCAACCUAUUUCCUUUGAGGAAUGUGAAGUUUUUCGUUGUGAAGAUUUAUUGGAUAAAAGAAUCAUGAAAGGGAUUACUCAACUCCAUGAGAGAUUAUUGGAUGACAUGAGAACCUACAGUUCAUAUGGAGGCCUUGUUCACCAAAUACGGAUUCUGCUCCUGGGUCCCACUGGGGCUGGGAAGUCUAGCUUCUUCAACUCAGUAAAGUCUGUUUUCCGAGGCCAUGUAACACACCAGGCUCUGGUGGGCUCUGAUACAACUGGGGUAUCUGGCAAGUACAGGACAUAUUCCAUUAAGGAUCAGAGAUCUGGCAAUGCCCUACCGUUUAUUCUGUGUGACUCAAUGGGGCUGGGUGAGAAGGAAGAAGGACUUUGCAUGGAUGACAUAGUCUACAUCUUAAAAGGCCACAUUUCGGACAGAUACCAGUUUAAUUCCUCAAAACCAAUCACACCGGUUCAUAGUAACUAUAUUGACAACCCAUUGUUGAAGGACAGAAUCCAUUGUGUGGCACUUGUGUUUGACAUCAACACUGUUGAACACCUCUCUCGUGACAUGAUGGCAAAGAUCAAAAAAAUUCGAAGGGAGUUGAUAAAGUGUGGUGUAGCACAUGUGGUUUUGCUCACUCAUGUGGAUAGCGUGGACCUGAUUAGCAGAGGUGACCUUGGAGACAUAUACAAAUGUAUGCUUGUGAAGCCUAAGUUAGAGACAGUCCACAGAGAACUUGGAUUUGCUCUUUCUGACAUCUUGGUGGUUAGUAAUUAUACCUCAGAGUGGGAGCUGGACCCUGUAAAGGACGUUCUGAUCCUCUCUGCGCUGAGACAGAUGCUGUGGGCGGCAGAUGACUUCUUAGAGAAUUUGCCUCCUGAGGAAACAGAGAUCAAAGAAGAGGAACCAUCGACUGUGUAAAAGAAGGAAAAAAAUAUGUGAACCCUUCACAUACUAAUAAUUUUUAUCUCAUCAUAGAAGAUUGAAAAUUGAAAAAUAAGAAAACACAGGAAAAA